AUGGCAGAAAGAAAAGUUUUAGUUAAAUAUUAUCCGCCUGAUUUUGAUCCCAAGUUAUUGCCAAACAAUCAUCGUCCAAAAGGAAAAUAAGACAAUGUCAGAAAUAUGCUUCCAAUGACUGUGAAAUGCAACCAUUGUGGUAAUUAUCUCUACAUCGGAACCAAAUUUAAUAUGAGGAAGGAGACUGUUUGGACUGAAAACUAUCUGGGUAUUCUCAUUCAUCGAUUCUACUUUAAAUGCACAUAUUGCUAUGCUGAAAUUACUUUUAAAACUGAUCCUCGAAAUCAUGAUUACAUAGUUGAAGGAGGAGGAACCAGAAAUUACGAUCCGUAUAGAGAUGCAAAAGCAGCUGAAGAGGUUCUUAAAUAAAUGAGAGCCAAUGAAGAACAAGGGGAUUCCAUGAAAUUCUUAGAAAACAAGACUCAUGACUCCAAGAAAGAAAUGGACAUCUUAGAUGCCAUCGAUGACACUCAUCAACUCAACAGAAGACAAACUUAAUUCACUCCUGACAUGUUGCUUAAAUAACUCUUUUACGAUUUAGAUGCUCUUGAACUUCAAGAAGAAUGGGAAAAAUAAAAAGAAUUCAAAGAUUAAUUCAAAGUUAAGAGAGUGUCCGAUGUCGAUGAUAAAGAAGAUAAGACAAUGCAUAGUGUUACUUAACAUCUAAAAUAAGUUGUGAUUCAAUAAUAGCCAAAAUAAGUGCAAUAGUAGUUUGUUAAACCAAAGUUUGUCAAAAAGUAGGUCUGUUGUGAAAAGGAUGGAGAGAAGGUUGGCGUAUCCAAAGAAGAAGAAUAAGAUGAGAUAAAUAUUAAGUAGGAAAUUCAAACCUAGACCUUAUCCUUGGUGGAUGAUGAUUAUUCAGACUGAGAUUCAUUUUUUAUUAUACAUCUAAAUAAUUUCAAAUUGUUUAUAAA